AUGAUUUCGGAUCCGACUCCGACGGUUUGGGCUGACGAGAGUCCGGUCAAGGCACGAUCGGGGAUGGAGUCGGUGAAAGAGGACAGAAGCUUAGGGGAGGAGGUACGCUUCCGUGGAAGUUCAAAGGUCACCAGCGGUAUCGCGUUCCCGACGUCGGAAAGGUCGCCUUCGAGGAGCAGCUCGACGAGCACGGCAAUGGAAUCCGAAGCAUCCGAAUCGACCGAUACCCCUGCUACUUCCAUCUUUUCACCUCCCAACAAGAGUAAAAAGCUUUACGAUCCAGCAUCAUCAGAAGCCACCAUCAAACCUUCUCCCUCCGAUCCACGGUAUCAGACUCUACCACGGUCGUUCGCUUCACAUCCUCCUGCUCCCUCCACCACUCAAGAUAGCGAGUUUACCCGAACAACAUCGCUCCACUGUGCAUCGGAAGCAGCACUCUCGAGCCAGGAGAAGACGGUGCAGCGUCAAGCAGGUUUCCGCGCACGAAGCCUUCAUUCCAUUCGAGGCCUGGCAGCUGCAUGGGUUCCAUCGCGGUUCGUGUCUCAGCCGUCUAGCAGUGCUUCCGAGACCUCGUCAGAUGACCUUCCUCCCCUGCCAAGUCCGUCUCUGGCGGUGACGAAAGUGGACGGUGAAAGGUCUCUAGUGGCGAAGACAGAGAGACCCGUGAAAUUGGAUCGGAGGAGACUCGAUAAAGCUGUGAGCUUGGCGGUCGAAGCAGCACAGGCAGCCGAGGAAGACGAACGUCUCUGGGAGGAGAAACAGCGGACCAAGGGUGAUAGCGAUAGCGAGGUGGAAGACGAUGUUGGUUUUUCUCUAGACCUCUACAUCUCUUCACUGGGUUACCUGAUCUCGGCGAUCUCGGACAAGGACGCGACUGCACUCAACGGGAAACAAAAGGAGGACAUGCGGAGGCGGUUGGAGGAAGGGAUGUCCAAACUCGGCUUCGAUGCGAAAGCAGAACUCGAACAGGCACAGGAGCUGAAACGGCAACUUGAGCUCGAACGCGGGAAGCUGGAGUUGCAGAAGGAGCUGGGUUCACCGGCCAGUGUCAUUCAUCAUCACUAUCACACCGCCGUGCCGGGUGGAGGGUGGAUGGGGGAGGGAGGGAAUUUUUCGAGAGCCCAUGCGGCGGCGAAAGCGAGUUCGAGGGGCAGCUCGAGUUUGGCGGGCAAGAUCGGGAGUGGCGUAUUGGAUGUAGGGUUGCACAUUGGUGCGGGGGCGUUGAGUGCGUUAAGUGCGAAUUUGGGGGCUAUCGCACCUACCAGGGGGGCAGGGAGGGGAGAGGAGAAGGGGAAGGUCGAGGAUGUUAGGAUCACGGAUAUGGAUAACGGGGAAGAUCUGCAGAAUGUUUCCGAGGCUGAUGUCUCACCGAGGGCGUCUCAACCUAGCAGUGGAACCGCGACACCCAGGACGGCUUGGACUCGAGCGAUCAACCAGAACAACAAGCAGUGGGAGCUCGCCGUUGCUUUCGCGAGCACAGCCGCCAGCGCCCUCGCUAGCAGUCUCGGUGCCGUGGCACGUUCCGACCCCUCAUCCGCAACCGCGCCACCCAUGACCAAGGAGGAGCAAAUGUAUCUUGCCAGAUACGAACCCGGAACCCCCUCCUCCUCUGUCCCUGGAUCCGGAGCCGAGACAGCCGAAGACCGACUCAUCCUGCUCUCGGCCUCCCUCGCGCGUUCGCUCAAACGAUCGCCCCUCCCGACGCAACUCUACCAGCUCCUCCGACAACUCGUCUCGAUCCUCGCCGCCAUCGACGCCAAGUACAGCCUGACCGAAAAGGGCACCCAGCUCGCCGUCCGAGAGACCAGCAGAGCCAUGCGCUUCGUCCGCAAGCACGAUCUGCACGUCAAGGCGGUGCGUGUCGCCUGGGCUGCAGCCGAGGCGGCGGUGGCGGCGCUCGAAGCGUACAGAGACGAGCGAGGGUGGAUCGAGGUCCAGCAGCAACAGCAGGGGAGGUUGCAGGUAGGGGAAGCAGGAAUGUAUGGGGCAUCUCCGCCGAAGGAGACGUUGGCGAUCGCGGAUGGGCAGACGGUCGAGGCGAGGAUCGAUGAUGCCGAGGCGAGGAUAUUGAAUGCGGCUAAGACGGGGAAGGAUAGGAAGAAGGUUGGUCAGGUAGGGUGA